UCAGCCGCCACGCUGCUUCAGCCGACACACUUCCGCCUCUCGUUCCUUGCUGCUCCCGCACCACCGAGGGACGGUCGGAGCCGGAGCCGGAGCCAGAGCCGGAGCCGAGCCGGAGCCGGAGCGGGGUAGGAUGGGCCGGGGGCCGCCCCGGUUCUAGCCCCCGAGGAAAAAGAUUCGGUGGCUGAGGAGCCGCCUCGCCCCCUCUCCCACACGAGACUCUCCCCCCCCAUCACUCCCCAGGCCACUGGGCCGGGCCACCUGCGCCUCGGGUAACGAGAUGUCCUCGGAGGGUCCCCGCCAGAGCAAACCAGGGCCCCCGGCCCCCAAAGCCCAGAGACCGUUGUGUACGCUGUGCGGGGCUAGUUUUGAGGCCCAAACAGACCUUUGCCGCCAUGUCCUCUCCCGCCAUUCGCGCUUCCUCGCGUCGCACCCCGAGCCGUCCGAGGCUGAGAGCGGCGAGGCUCCCACCGACCAGCCCCCUGAAAGGAGGCAGCAGAAGGGAAAACGGAGCGGCCCCCGGCCCCUGUCCCAUCCCCGGGCCAAGAAAUCGGUCUCCUCAAAGGGGGCAGCUGCCUCUCCCCGCCCAGGCCCGUUGACCCUCAGCAAGGCGGUUGAAAGACCCCCGGAGACCCGCACCAGUAAGGCCGUCAAGUCACUCCCCGGCUGCUCAACCACGGGCCUUUCCCACCCCCCAGGCUCCCCUCUCCUCAAAAAGGGGCCGCCUGCUUUCUCGGGGCCUCCCCCACCCAAAAACUCUGAGGACAGGAGCCCCCUGCCGGGCUCCUCGAAGGCGCAGUGCCCACAGCCAGAAGAUGAAGGCCCCCUAAACCUGUCUUUAGACGGUGAUUUGGGCAGAGAGCUUGAUGGCCUCUUGUCCAGAGCCCACUUUGAGACCACAAAGGACCCAUCCCCUCAGGCCAGAGCCCACCUGCCCCAGCCAGGGAUGAGCCACCCGGAGGCCAAGGGAUCCCCUAUAGACUCGGGAUUCCACACCCGCCUCCCAGCGCAGCGGGAGGGGCAGGCAGAGCCCGGGCGGCCUGAGUUUUCGGCCCGCUGGCCCCCGGCCAUGGCCCCCUUGCUGCUCUCCCCCCCACUGGCCAAGAAGCCCAAGCCCAGGGUGUCGGGGGAGGCCGGCCUUCCGGGGAAGUGGGAUCUCCCUGCCAAUGCAUUCUGGGCCCCAGUCAUGGAACUGGCUCUUCUCAGUCUCUCAUCAGACACAGGACCAGCCCAGCACAUCGGCUGUGAGCUCUGUGGGCAGCUUUUUGAUAAUGCACAUGGUCUGGCAAGCCACGCGAACUCCCAUCUGCAGGAGAUGGGGGUGAGGGAGUGGCACGUCAACAACUCGCCUAUUGACACCCUGGCCGAAAUCCUGAAGAGCCAGACCCAGGCUCAGGCCGGGGGGCCUCCUGACCCAACCUCCCCGGGCCCAAAGGCAGGGGCCGAGGCAAUGGGGGGGGGCCCUGGUGACUCCCUGGAGGCUCCAAGUGCUGCGGAACCGCACGUCCCGCCCCCUGCCAGGAAGUGGGACCCAUCUAGCGACCCCCUGGGCCUCUCACUAACCACCUCUUCUCACUCAACUGCUCGGAGGAAGUUCCCGGGUCGGUCACUUCACUCCCUUCAGGAGAAACUCAAGUCCGAACCGAGGAGAGUGGAGAUCAAACAGGAGACGUUGGUUGUAGGCCUGCAGGAUAAAGGACGCCCAUCUGAUGGGCCCGGGUCACCUCGCGAGGACAAGGCACCCCAGAACCUAGCUUCCUGGGCUGAGCCGGUCCAGGACAUCCGCUGUCAGCUCUGUGGCGAGUUCUUUAGGGACCGAAGGGGCCUCUCCUGCCACGCGCGCUUCCACCUGCGGCGCAUGGGGGUGACCGAGUGGUACGGCUCGCCCAUUGACAAGCUCCAAGAGAUCCUGGAGAAGAGGGCCAACGUGGGGCUCAUUAAGAAGAAGCCCACCCCCACCGAGCUGCCCUGUCCCCGGGGGGAGGAUGGGCCCAAAUCCCCUGGGAAAGGGCCUCUGGCCCUGUCUUUAACCCCAUUGCCCCGCAAUCCUGACAAACCCAGGCCUGACUCUGCCAACAGAGGCCAGAAAAUGACCCUCUCGCCUCUUCUCUCUGACCCAAUUGCCGGUUUCCUCACUCCCUUGAGGACAAAACGGCCGCCGCCCGAUGACCAACUUCUCCAUGGGGAGAAGAAGACCAAGACCUGUACAUGCCGGGAGCCGCCCAUCAAGACGGAGCCCAUUCCCAGCCAAAGCUCCCACGCUCCCAGGGAAGCCCGGUGUGAGCUGUGCAGGCUCCAUUUUGAGAAUCGCCAGGCACUGGCCAGCCACGCUCAAGCUCACCUGCGGCAACUUGGGGUGACAGGAUGGCGUUUGAAGGGCUCCCCAAUUGAGACCCUGAGGGAGUGGAUCAAGCGGAACCCCCAGAAGGGGAGGGCCUACCGCAGCCACAUUCCAGGUGGCCGCCCCCCCCUGGGGAUGAGCCACCAUUCCCGCCCCAAACGAGAUGGGGACAAACGAGUGCCCCUCACCUGGGCUCCCAAUCGCCUCACGCUAACCGAUAAGCCCCUGGGGAGUGAAUCCGGGCCGGGGGAAGGGGGCCGGGCGGGAGAUGGGGGCACAGGACCCCUGGUCGCCUCACCUCCAGCUGUGGUGAAGGCAGAGGAAAACCAGUGUCACAAUGUCCAUCACGGUGGGGGCCAACAAGCCUGGCCUUCUCGUGGGGAGGCGGCCACUGACUCUCAGCAGACACUGGUCCCCAGGCGACAGCCACCUCCCAGAGCACUGCCUACCAACUCCCUGCUCCCCCCAAGCGUUCUUUCACGUUUGAGGGGCCCGUGGUACACCCUGAAAUGCAGGUUCCGCAAAGUGCAGUUCCAGGGUCCCCUCUCCAUCCAGAAGGAGUGGAUUCACCAUCUCCAGAGGCACAUCCUGGAAAGGAGCUCCUCCAGGGCAGAGCCCGGGCCUGUGGCGCCUGAGGCCCCCGAGGCCCAGUAAUGGAGCUGCAGGGAAGCCCUCCGAGCCAGCUCUCUUCCCCUCUCUGGGGGGCUUUUGCCCUUUCCCUCCCCCUCAGGUGUGUUUCCAAAGGAGCCAGUCACAGCCCCCUUUCCCCACACUUCCUGGGCAUCUUGUGUCACAGGGAGCUCUGCCUUCCUUUUUGCUGUUUCCCCUGAAAACAAUUCAGCUCAGAGCAGACAGCUUUCUCCCUCCAAGUCAAGGCCCCAGAGGGCAGCACGGGGUACUUUAGAAGCCCCUCGCCAUCCCCUCCCCCUCCCCUGCCAGGGGUCUAUUUCUCCCCAUCUCAUCCCCCUUUCACUGUUCCUUUUAUGCAUAACUCCCCAGAACUUAUACUUGUUCACACUAGUUUUGUUAGAGAAGAAAGAGCGUUGAUUUUGAUUUUGGACUCCUGGGGUGAGUAAAGCCCGGAAGCCAUUGACCUUUUAGCUUUUUUCAGUGGCCAUAUUCUGGUUGGGAAAAAAAUGUAAAAAAAAAAAAAUUUUUUUUUCAAAACCC